AUGAAUCCUGCCAUAAUACCAAAAGAGACUUUUCGUGCGUCAUUGACCCGCGUUCUACGACGAACAGCUAAUGUGCAGAAAGCCGUUCGCCAACAGCAGCAGGAUCUGCGAUCUGAUCUCGGGGCUUGUGUGCAACCACUAGGCCUGACCCAGGUGACAGGCCUCCCUCCAUCAGAUCCUGUAGAACCUGUUUCCAGAGUAGACACAUAUCAGCAAGCAGCCCCGGUAAUGGUACAAGAGCCACAAGAACGGAUUUUGAAGGGGCACCAGGCACCACUCAUUCAGCCAUCAACAGAUGAUAACCUCUUUAUAUUAGUCCAUGUCACAGAUUUAUAUCUUGCCCAGGGGCUCCAGGCAUUGGCACCUAAUCAGAUAUUGAACAAACUGCGGUUGUACGUUAAGUCGCCACCCAACACUGAGGAAGAGCUCACUCCAGAGAAAUCUGUAUAUCUGGUAGAACAUACCAAGCUGAAAACACUAGAGCUGUCCCUCAUAGCAGAGCUUGAGACAGCCACAGGAGCACUUGACUUUCAGCUUGGCGCUGCUUAUAUUGAUGUUGCCAGGACAAUACAUCCUGUGCUAUAUAAAAUAGACGAGUAUGGUGAACGAAGGAACGCCUUUUCACGCCGUAGAGUCAACGUCCUCUUCUCUGAAGUGGUUCCGAUCCAUGCUGUUACCAUAUCAAGUAACUAUGCUGGUAGGACCGAUGCAAUCCAGGGCAAUCUUCUAAUAGGUGCUGCAGAUAUCUCUAUCCUUUGCGGUGGCCAGCCCCUGUUAGAGUAUGAGCAAUCUCUGAGAUCUAAGCCCUGCAUCUACCUUGACAUGGCAAGAUAUAAUCCUUCAGUGAAAAAGGCAAGUAAGUCUGUCUGCUGUUCGCUAGAAACCCAUGCUGACAUAGAAGCAUAUCGUGAACUAGCAUUGGGUAGGCGGACUGCACUGAUGCAGGGGAAAGGUGAGGCUACUUCCAAGCCAAUACUUGGAUCUAAGCAGCCAGACAUGCACAAAGUUGCUGCAGUUUGUUUCGUCGCUAAGGUAUCACGAGUCUUCUUCAGGAACCUUGGCCCUGUGGAACGGAUCUACGCUGUAGCAACACUUCAGCCCACAGCAGAAUUGGCAGCAAUUAUAGGGUACAAGCUUACUCAGGUGCACAAGCUUACAAAGGAGUUACGAGAACCAGGAACAUCGACGGCCAUACACACAGUACCAUAUGAUCGGGAAGAGCACGGGCUUGUUUAUGCAGACACGACACUGACUAUUUCACGAAAACUGGCACUUAUACCAACGAACAUUAACUAUCUACUACAUGGCUCUUUUUCUCUAUCUAUUUUCGGAUUCCUUGCCGGUAAUUCGAGAAAGAUCUUUUUGGGGUCUGUGGACAUCCCCCUCGCAGAGUGUUAUUCUUCUGGAAUAGUGAUAGGGGGCUGGUUCACAUUGAGCAAUACGUCAUACGACGGUUAUAUCUAUGCUGAAGCAUCCAUCAAUAGGUCAACCAACCAAGGAAACGAGAACUGGAAUUCGGCAGAGGCCGCAGAGCCGCCCACUUUUGCCCCACCAGCCUUUUCUGUGUAUACCGUACCGCCCAGAGUGUCUUCAUCGCCUAGACCAGCUAUUCAACUCCUCAAUCACGUGGCUAAUGUGGCCUCUGGUAUUGUCCCCCAAGUCUCAACCCAACCCCUCAAGGAACCUGUAAGCGUUAGUGUUCCGUUACUGAAGCCUGAUGCUGGUGUAUAUGAAGAGAUAGGAAGCAUUGUUUCCGGCUUGAACAAUCUCUUUGUGAACUUUUAA